AUGUCCCCCCUGCACCGUCCCUGGCCAUGUCCUCCGGCCGAUGCCGGCAUCCGUCUUCCAGGUUCCAUUCCCUGCGAGCGUCGGGACGUACGGGGGGAUUGAACCGGCGGGAGAUUAAAAAAUGUCAAAUAAAAUCUGAUAGUAUUCCAUUACUGUAUCAAACCAUUUCACAUACAUUUUGUCCCUAGUGCUUUGUCCUGUGCCCUGCCUGCAUUUUUACCGUUCUUUCUGCCUAGAAACUUAGAAAAGUCCAUGACGUCCAAAAAGCGUCCCUUUAGGUCAAAAGCGGUUUUAGACCAGCUAGAGAACAGUGAUAGUAAAUUAGAAUCACUUGAAGAAUUG